AUGGGCUCCGAAAAGAAGCGAAAACGCCCUCAAGACGCGGAUCCGCGCCGAGCGAAUAAGAGCGAAACGAAAAAAAACCCUGCAACUGCAAAUAAGAGGCUGAAACCCGAGGCAUCGACAGCUGCUUCAAAAUUUGAGCCACCAAAGCUAUCAACAUUCUGUUCCUCAAAGGACGAAGAAACAUCUUUCCCAAGAGGUGGUGGCUCUGUUCUUACUCCGUUGGAAUUCAAACAAAUAUCCAAUGAUGCUGCUAAAGAUGUCCUUUUCGAAGCCGAAAAUGCGAAGGCCAAAUCGACCAAAAAGAAGCCGAUGAGAGAAGAAUUAAAGAAAGAUAAAAAGAGUAAAAGGGAUGAAUCCAAGAAAGGUGAACAAAAGGGAAUUAAAGCAGAAGGAUUGAGCUAUAAGAGACUAGUACCGGGAACACUUGUUCUUGGAUGCAUUUCUCAAAUCAAUCAAACCGACCUCGCCCUUUCUUUGCCAAAUAAUCUGACUGGCUUUGUUCCUCUCACUUCUAUUUCGGAAUCGUUGAACAAGAGGGUUGAAGCUUUAGUCCGGGAUAGCGAUGACGACGAAGAUGAGGACGUAGAGGAAAAGAUCGGAACAGCAAAAUCGGAAUCUAGUGAGGACGAUGUUGACCUCAAGGCUAUGUUCCAGAUCGGGCAAUAUCUCCGAGCGUACGUUGUGUCUUCUUCAGAACUUGCCAAUUCGAAAUCUCCUUCAGGCUCCAAGAAAAUUAAGAAGCGGAUCGAGCUAUCCUUGGAUCCGGUUAUGGCCAAUAACGGCCUUACAACUACUGAAUUAGUCGUUGGGUGUACUGUUCAGGCUUCUGUCACAAGUGUGGAGGAUCACGGUCUCGUUAUGAACUUGGGUAUCGGGAAUGAUCUCAAAGGGUUUCUCUCAUCCAAGGAGCUCGGGAAGGGCCGUUCGGUGACAGAUGCAAAGGAAGGCCAAGUGAUGCUUUGCACAACCAUUGGGCUUUCGUCAAAUGGUAAAAUUGUCAAGCUUUCAGGAGAUCUAGAACAGAAACCAAGCAAGAAGGGCAAAUACUCUGGUGGAAAGGCAGCCUGGUGGCUGAGUUCUGCGCCUACAGUCGAUACAUUUUUACCCGGGACUGGCGUGGAGGUACUCAUCACCGAUAUAGCAAAGGGUAGUAAAGCCGUUGGGAUCGUAGGAAAAGUUAUGGGACUUGUGGAUGCUACAAUGGACUUCUUUCAUGCUUCUGGCUGGAGGGAAAAGGAUAUUGAAUCCAAGUUUAAGGUUGGAGAAAAGAUCAAAGCGCGUGUCAUUGCUACUUAUGCCGAGCCUCAUAAACUCGCUCUUUCAAUCCUCCCCCACGUCCUUUCAUUUACUCGGCCAAUUGAGAAUGAGCCUACAACUAUCCUCCCAACAUCCACCAUUAUCAACUCCGCAAAGAUUCUUAAUAUCGAGCCUAAAACCGGCCUCUCUCUUGACGUCGGCGUUCCUGGUGUUCCCGGUUUCGUCCAUAUAUCUCGGGUCUCAAGCGACAGCAGAAUAGAAGUUCUAUCUAAGGAUUCUGGCCUACAUCAGACUGGUUCAGUCCAUAUGGCUAGAAUAAUUGGUUAUAACUCUAUGGAUGGCCUCUAUCUUGUUAGCAUGGAGCAGAAGGUUCUCGACCAACCAUUUUUAAGGGUGGAGGAUAUCAAAAUCGGUGAAGUCGUGAAGGGAACUAUCAAUCGAGUCCUAGAUAGUGGACGCGUUAUCGUAAGCUUAGCUGAAGGGAUCACCGGAAUAGUAGAUGAGCUUCAUCUAAGCGAUAUCAAACUCAAGCAUCCUGAAAAGAAGUUUAGAGAGGGUAUUGAAGUAAAAGCAAGGGUUUUAUUAACUGACCCUUCAAAGAGGAAAGUAAUGUUGACCUUAAAAAAGGCUAUUGUGAACUCCGACGCCCCAAUAAUAUCAUCUUACGAAGAUACAAGUUCCGGCACUCGCUCAGUUGGUACCUUGGUCAAAAUACUACCCAGCGGCGCUGUAGUCAAGUUCUUUUCAGAUGUCUGUGGCUUCCUCCCUAUUUCCGAAAUGAGUGAAGCAUAUAUCCAGGACCCCCAUGAGCACUUCACGGUUGGCCAAUCUGUGAAUGUCCAUGUGUUAUCAGUGGAUCCUACAAACCAAAAGUUACGAGUUUCCUGCAGAGAUCCAAACCUAUUUGGUGAAGUCCAUAAAGUGGCUCUUGCCAAACUACCUCCUGGUGAUGUUGUCUCUGGGACCGUAGUCGAAAAGUCAGCGGAUGAUCUUAUUGUUGAGAUAAAUGGCUUGGGGGCUGAAGGCAUCAGAGGUGUGCUAGUGAUUGGACAACUAACCGAUGGUAGCCGUGAGAAGAGCUUAGGUGUUUUCAAGAAGCUCAGGGCUGGACAAAAACUUGAUGGCCUCUUGGUUUUAGAGAAACAUGAGGAAAGAAGGUCGAUUACCUUGAGUAUGAAGCCAAGCUUAGUCAAGGCAGCAAAACGCGGAAGAAUGAUCAGCAAAUUUGAGGAUGUGAACGAGGGAGAAAGAGUGAAAGGCUGGGUUAGGAACACUACUCUUCACGGCCUCUUUGUUGGGUUUGCCGGUGGGAUAGUUGGAGUGGUUUACAAAAGGGACCUUCCAGCAGAAGUCCAGUCUCUCCCCAAUUUCGGAUUCGUCAAGAACCAGUCCAUCACCGGUAGGGUGGUAUAUAUAGAUCCAUCAGAGCGACGAUUCCGAUUAUCGCUAAAUUCCGCUAAAUCAGAAGAGAAGGUCUCGGCCGUAGCUAACACAGCCGGCAACUCAGAGAGGCUCACUGUUAACCCUGUUGACGCGAGGUUCAAACUUAUCGACGACUACACCCCCGGAAAACUCACUAAAGCAAAGGUCGUUUCUAUACAAGAGACGCAGCUAAACGUGAAACUCGCCGACAACGUGCAGGGUAGGAUUGACGUAUCACUAGUGUUUGAAACCUGGGAUGCUAUCAAGGACAAAAAGUCUCCCCUCGCGUUGUUUAAGAAAGGGGACGUCUUGGAUGCCAAAGUUAUUGGAAUUCAUGAUGCGCGAAACCAUCGCUUCCUUGCUAUCACCCACCAAAAAUCGAACACCAAGACUCCUAUCUUUGAGCUUUCAGCCAAGCCCAGCCACAUAAAGGAAGAGGGUAUUGAAGGAUGUAUUACAAAGCUAGAAGACAUUACCCCUAAUUCAACAUGGGUAACGUUCUUGAACAACAUUUCGGAGGAGUGUGCCUGGGCCAAUAUCAUGCCUGACAUCAGGGGAAGAAUUCGCAUCCUGGAUCUCUCAGACAAUGUCGCUCAACUAAAAACACUACAAAAGAGCUUCCCUGUUGGCUGCGCCCUCAAAUGCCAAGUUCUCCGAGUCGACUCAGAGCACAGCAAACUUGAUCUUUCUGCUCGUAGCCCUUCUAGUUCGGCUUUGACGUUUGACAAGUUGGCCAAGGGAAUGGUUGUCCCCGGGAGAGUAACUAAAGUCACUGAUCGGCAAGUCUUGGUCCAAAUCAGUGAAUCAGUUUCUGGACCGAUCAGCCUUACCGACCUUGCAGACGACUUCUCACAAGCGAACACCAACGGGUACAGCAAAAAUGAGGUGAUUCGCGUUUGUAUCAUAGAUAUUGAUUCCCCCAACAAGCGAGUUACUCUUUCAGCUAGGCCUUCCCGUGUAAUGAUCUCAGAUCUACCAGUCAAGGAUCCCGAAAUCCAAGCCAUUGUGAAUGUCAAAGUCGGAGAUAUUAGACGCGGCUUUGUGAAGCAAGUCUCUCCCAAAGGGCUCUUCGUUACUAUAGGUGGUAACGUCACAGCCUGGACCAAGAUUUCUGAUCUCUCGGAUGGGUUCUUGAAGGAAUGGGAAGGUUUAUUCACGGUUGGUCAGCUCGUCAAGGGUAAAAUCAUGGCUGUUGAUUCCACCUUGGGUCACGUCCAGAUGAGCCUUAGAGAAUCGGAUAUAUCCGGAAAGGAAAAACCGAAGCCAGCAGACUACUCCUCACUAAAGGAAGGGCAAAUCGUCAAGGGGAAAGUGAAGAAUAUCGCGGAAUAUGGUGUUUUUAUCAGCGUGGAUGGCUCUCAAAAUAUCAGUGGACUAUGUCAUAAGAGCCAAAUCGCGGAUAGUGCCAUUGAUGAUAUUAGCAAGCUCUAUGCGACCGGAGAUCCUGUUAAGGCAAAGAUUAUAAGUAUUGAUCUGGAAAAGAAAAGAAUUUCUUUUGGGUUGAAGUCAAGCUACUUCAAGGAUGAAGUUAGUGAGGAUGAAAGCGAGGACGGUAGUGAAAGUGAAGGUGGUGCUGACCUCAGCGCUGUAAAGGUAUGUUUGGGGUUAUUUUGGAUUGAUGCUGAUGGAGAAUCUGACGAGAGAGAGCAAGAGCAAGAGGAGCCUAGUGUCGAAAUGAACGAUGCACCUACUAGCGAAGGUCUCAGCACUGGGGGGUUCGACUGGUCCGCAAGUAUCCUAGACAAACGCGGUCCUGACACCGAUUCUGAGGGGGAUAGCAACUCCGAAGAGGAAAAGCAUAAAAAAAAGAAGCGCAAGAAGGCCCAAAUCAAAGAAGAUUUGACAGGAAAUCUGGCGACAAGGGAACCACAAUCCGUCGCUGACUUCGAACGGCUCCUCCUUGGAGACCCUAACGAUUCCAAACUAUGGAUCAUGUACAUGUCAUUCGAACUACAGCUUAGCGAAGUCGAGAAAGCUAGGGGGAUUGCGGAGAGAGCGAUCAAGACUAUCGCCCUUCGGGAGGAAAGUGAAAAACAGAACGUCUGGAUCGCUAUGCUAAAUAUGGAAUCCAUGUAUGGCACCGAUGAGACUCUCGAAGAAGCCUUCAAGAGAGCUUGCCAGUAUAACGAGGCGCAGGGCAUGCACGAGAAACUAGCAAGUAUCUAUAUUCAAACUAGCAAGACUGAGAAAGCAGAUGACCUUUUCAAAGUAAUGAUCAAAAAAUUCAGCCAAGAUCCUAAAAUCUGGGUAAACUACGCCGACUUUCUCCUCAGCAGCAAGCAAAGCUGCGAUGCUGCCCGUGCACUCCUUCAACGCGCGAUGCAAGCACUCCCGCAAAGCCAGCACAAAGACCUCAUAUCUAAAUUUGCCAAGUUAGAAUUCCGCAGCGGUGAUCCCGAGAGAGGACGAACACUGUUUGAGAACUUGCUCGCCACCUUUAAAAAGAAGAGCGAUCUAUACAACAUGUUCUUGGAUAUGGAAAUUAAGUACGGGAGUGAAGAGGAGGACGGGAAGGAAGGUGUCAGAGCAUUGUUCAAGAGGGCUCUCGCUGAGAAGACUUCGACCCGUCAAGCCAAGGCUCUUUUCAAGAAGUGGUUGGAGUUCGAGAAGAGCAAGGGGGAUAAAAAGAGCACUGAGACUGUGACGAGGAAGGCGAAGGAAUACGUCGAGGCGAAGGAGGAGUGAGUGGAGCACAAUACCCGGAUGUUGUAACUUUAUGUAAAUCAUGUUUGUGCAUAUUGUGGCCCGCGUAAUAAAAGUCAAAAUUUCCUUUCUUGCGGCGAUAUGAUUGUUUGGGGGUUGGUAGCGAGUGAUCUUUCGUUGUUCGAGAUAUAAUAACUAGGGCAGCAUGUACCGUACAGUAAAGUACUAUAUUAUCUAUCAUAUCCAA